AUGGGCAAUUCUUCAGCAUCAUUAUCUUUACCAAAUUUGACAACUCAUAUUGUUACUAAGGGUGGUUCCGUAUUUCGUUUAUCCUAUUUCGAUUUGGUUGAUCAUAUUAUUUUAUUACGUCAAGUGGUCGUUCAUCCAGAAAUGAUAGAGAAAGGAGAUAAAUUAAAUUUUUUCAUUAAAGAUUAUUGUCAUCGAAUGUCAAAUAACCAAAUGAUGAGUAAAUAUCGACAGUCAGAACUUCCAUGGGAAAUUGAUUGGAUUUGGCAUGUACAUCGUUUGCAUCCUAUUAAUUAUUAUAAUGAUUGUAUCAAACAAAUUCCAAACAAUUAUUUUAUUGAUAAAAGAAUUCGCAAGUUAACAAUAGAUGAAUAUCACAAAUUCGAUUAUUCUAAAUCAGAGAAACAAAUCAACAAUCGGACAACAUUUGUUCCUUCAUUUGAUUUGGAAAAGGCCGUUCUACGUCAACGAGAUUUUCUUGAUAAAUUUCAACAGCAUGAACUCUACACAUUCGAUCUAAGAAAUAUGAGUUCGAUGAAAUUUCGAGAAAUUGUAGAAAAUUAUAUAUUAUUUAUGAAAUUAGCAAGAAAAAAUACAACAAUCGUUCCAACAUUUGAUAUCGAUUUGAUGUGGCAUACGCACAUGAGAUAUCCAUUGAAUUAUUUUCACUUUUCUGAACAGUUGUGUGGUUUUCUACUUAAUCAUGAUGAUUCAAUCACUCCACAAGUACUAAAUAAUGCUUAUAAAGAUACCGCUGAACGAUGGAAAACUGCUUAUCAAUCAGAAUAUGGUCACAAUGUCGAUAGAGACUGUUUUCGCAAUUCUAUGAAUUCCAUUCAUUGUACAAUCACUCACGACUCUAUUGUGAAAAAAAAAUCAAGUCACGGAAGUUAUACUGGAUGUGGAGGGUUUUGGAGUAGUGAAAGUCAAGUUGGAAAUUCGAAUAGUUGUGGAAGUUCAUGCGGAAGUAGUUGUGGAAGUUCAUGCGGAAGUAGUUGUGGAAGUUCAUGCGGAAGUAGUUGUGGAGGUGACUGA